UUUUUCCGACUUUACAAGGCUGCUUGGAAAAGUGGGGGAGUGACGACUUGUUCCUGGAAGAGCCAGCCUGCGGAGUCAGUCACAUUUUUUUGGCUGGGAUUCAAUGACUGAGCCAGACACACACAAACACUGAGAUAGGGGGCUGUGAGGGAGAGAGAGAGGGGCGAGUGAGCGAGCAAGCGCAACCCAGCUCACAGACUAGCCAUCUCCAGUACACAGGCAUAUCAAACAGCAGGGGCAGACGGAGUGUAUGCGUCCGGCUAUACUGCAGUAUUCCACAGUUUAAAGGAGGUUCCACGCGGGGUUUUACUGUUUUAUACCGGAUACAUAGAGGGAGAAGGCUUUGCUUUAUCGGUCGAUACUUUUUCUGAAACUUCAAAAGCAUUAUUCAUUUUUGGAGGAGUUUCAGAGGGACGCGUUUUAGAUAUGGACUGUCAGGAGUGUACUGCAGGGGAAGACUCGCCCGUGUCACCAUUCGCUUAGUAGGCUCUUCAACGGAAUUGGAAACUCACUGCUCGGGACUUUUUUGUGGAUAUUUGAUGAAGCGCUUUCUGCACUUGGCUAAUUCUCGGAGACCUUGGAUUUACAAGGAACCGGAACCUAUCGUGGCUUUCAUUUGUUUUAGUUUGCCCCAGUUGAAAGGAACUCUCGCUUUCAAAGUCGUAGUGAAAACAUGGAGACUGUAACUCGCCAAAGCUUCCAACCUCACCCAGGACUGCAACAAACUCUCAAGCAGUUUCAUCUGAGUUCUAUGAGCUCCCUUGGCGGACCGGCGGCGUUUUCUGCUCGAUGGCCACAUGACCUCCUGUUCAAGAAGGAUGGGAAAGAGCCCGAGCCCGUGCUGCAUCUUCCCAUGCAGCCGCCGACAGUGAUGCCGGGACCCCUCUUCAUCCCCUCCGACCGCUCCACGGAGAGGUGCGAGACGGUCCUGGAGACCGAGACUGUCUCCUGUUUCGUGGUCGGCGGCGAGAAACGGCUGUGCUUGCCGCAGAUCCUCAACACCGUACUGCGGGAUUUCUCCCUUCAACAGAUCAACUCGGUGUGCGACGACCUCCACAUCUACUGCUCCAGGUGCACGGCAGAACAGCUGGAGAUCCUCAAAGUCAUGGGGAUUCUCCCCUUCUCCGCGCCUUCCUGCGGACUCAUCACCAAAACGGAUGCGGAGCGCCUGUGCAAUGCCCUGAUUUACGGAGGCACCUACCCGCCGCACUGCAAGAAAGAGUUCACGGGCUCACUGGAGCUGGAGUUCACGGAGAAAAGCCUCAAAAUAUACCACGAGUGUUUCGGAAAGUGCAAGGGUCUCUUCGUCCCGGAGCUGUACACCAGCCCCAACGCAGCCUGCAUCCAGUGCAUGGACUGCAGACUCAUGUACCCGACCCAUAAGUUCGUGGUGCACAGUCACAAAUCGUUGGAAAACAGGACUUGCCACUGGGGCUUCGACUCCGCCAACUGGAGGGCAUACAUCCUCUUGGGCCAGGAUUACACGGGGAAAGAGGAGAAGGCGCGCCUGGAGCAGCAUUUGGACGAGAUUAAAGAGAAAUUUGAUUUCGCCAACAAGUAUAAAAGGAAAGCAUCCAGGGGGUCGGAUCCCAUUCCAGCCAAGAAGUCUAAACAUGAAGACUUCCCAUCGCUAUCCCUGUCCGAGAAGCAACCCGAUUGGCUCCGAUCCCUCUCGGCUUCGGCCAAUAAGGGGCUCAACUGCUUCCAGCCUAGACAGAGGCCCUCGGCUUUCAGGCCCUGGUCCCCUAACCUCUCAGCUGGGGACAAAGACAUGCCCAGCCGUCCUCUGGCUCUCCUGAGAGACAGCCUUUACAACUUCAAGACCAUGGAGAACGCUGUGUCCCCAAAUGUGGCCCUCACACCCCCACCCCUGACAAAGACAGGGCCCCUGUCCCCGUCCGUGCCUAGCACCUCCCACCCCAGUGCCAGCAAGGCCCCAGGAAAGGGCGCCAGCCCCAUAUCCAGGACCCGGAAGAGGAGGGCCACAGGGGAGCUCCCGCACCCAGGCCACGAGCCCCCCUGCUCCCCAUCGGCUGCAGCCAGCAAGCUCCCACCCCAGGAGGACAAGGACUCGGAAGUGGAGAUCGAGGUGGAGAGCCGAGAGGAAUUCACUUCGUCCCUGUCCUCCCUCUCCUCCCCAUCCUUCACCUCCUCCAGCUCUGCCAAGGACAUAAGCUCGCCCGGCGCCCAGGUCCCAGUGUGUACGGUGACGUCGGCGAUGUUGAGCCCCGAGGACGGCCCUCUCGCUGGGGUAGCGGCAGCAGCAAUGGCGGUGGUGUUGGCCCCUGAGGGCCCCGGGCCGGGGGGUCUGGAGUCAGAGUUGGAGAUCCUGAGGCAGGCGCUGGACAGCGGGCUGGACUCCAAGGAGUCUAAGGAGAAGUUCCUGCAUGAGAUCGUCAAGAUGCGGGUGAAGCAGGAGGAGAAGCUGGGCUCAGCCCUGCAGGCCAAACGCAGCCUUCAACAGGAGUUGGAGUUCCUGCGACUGGCUAAGAAAGAGAAGCUCAGGGAGGCCACGGAGGCCAAGCGGAACCUGAGGAAGGAGAUUGAGCGCCUUCGCGCCGAGAGCGAGAAAAAGAUAAAGGAGGCAAACGAGUCGCGCGUGCAUCUGAAGAGGGAGCUAGAGCAUGUCCGGCAGCUCAGAGUGUGUGACAAGGGCUGCGAGGCAGGCCGCCUGCGCGCCAAGUACUCGACACAGAUCGAGGACCUGCAGAUGAAGCUCCAGCAUGCCGAGGCGGAUCGCGAGCAGCUCCGGGCAGACCUACUGCAAGAGCGGGAAGCCAGGGAACACCUGGAGAGAGUGGUCAAGGAGCUGCAGCAGCAGCUGUGGCCCAAGGAGCAGGACAUGCCUACCGAGGACACCCCCGUCAACAACUAACCCUUCCCAUGACCAACCCCCCGCCAAUCCCCCACUAUCAGCACCCGAAACAAAACUACGCCUGAGACCACAGAAACAGAAAAGCAGAAAUAUCAACCCUCUAUGUGUGCGUGUAUCCAUCCUCACAAAAAUUGUAUGAGUGCUUAGAUGCAUCCUUGGAGAGAGAAAGCCUGCAAGUCAAACUUGGUAUUUGUACAUGGACCAAGUUGUUACUAGUUGUUGGUAUUUGUACAUGGACCAAGUUGUUACUAGGACAAGCACUGAAACGCACCUCUCCUCCACAAACAGAAAAUUGGAUCGGAAGAAAAAAAAAAUAUAGCACAAAAUAUAGUUGUGCCUGUAUUUUCUGAGACAGAAACUGGUGACCCUUUUGGAUAAAACAUUUUCUAUGAUAAAAAAAAAGAUAAUACAAUAAUUUUUCAACUGGCCUGUUUAGAGACAAAAUGGAGGGCUGUCAAAAUGGCAGAGGAGCCGGGAAGUAGGACUGGACUCCUCAGACGUGCCCCAGCAGGGCUUCUGCUCCGUUUCCCGUGAAGAAGUUGGAGAAUUUCAUGACCUUAUAAGCUAUUUAAGAGACUGCAUAGCGAUAUGUAAAAAAUGUAACGCAAACAUUCUCUUUGCUUCUUUGUGCUAUAAGAGCUUGGAGACAAAAAAAUAUGGAUUUACAAAAAAUAUUAACAGACAGCAAGCAAGACAAACUACCAGCAGUGUCAUCAUGGUUAGUUGGUGUGUAGAGGAGGCCAUUCUGAUCCACUGAGGAAAAGUAUAAAGGUUGUUCUACUAUUCCAUUAAUACAUCAUAAAGUUUACUAUGGAAGGGGUCAGAGGAUUGCAUUGGACUAGAUGUUUUCUCUCUUUGACACAGGCCCUGUAUCUGUGUGUUCUGGCACACCUCUUAGAGUGAGCAUUUCAUUUAGAUAUUAACAACAAGAGAUGUUCACACAUAUACACCGAAACAGCAUACAUACUUGUCUUCAUUAUGUGUUCGUGAGCAUUUGGGUUAAAACCCAAAAGUUUAUCUUAUAAAGAUAAACUUUGUGAUCAUUUAGUAUCUGGGUGCAAUCUGAAGCCCAGAUUUGUACACAAGCCUUCUGCUGGGUUUCCCCUGGGACUGUUGGUUAAAACUAGUUUACCCGGCUUUACUGCUUUUCAUUUGAUUAGCGAGAGGUGGCAUGACUUGCUCAGAUGAAGAUCGAAAAUACAAUUUUUGAAUACUAUGAUUUUAGGGCUGGAAGUGGCGCCUUUAGCCAGAACCACAACAUUUUAUUUUUUAAUUAAAUGAUGGUAUGUAAAUAUAUAUAUAUAUAUGUGUUUUUUUUUUUUUUUUUUUACAAUAAUGAAUCGCACUUUGUCAUUACAAAAUACUGUUAUAAUGCCUUAUACUCCCAUUAUUGUCUUCAAUCUUACGUUGGAGAGGAUAUAUCCAUGACAACAACAAUACAAAUCCAAGUGAGCAUUUUGUUAUUAUAUGCAACUCAUUUAAAUGCAAUGUAAUCAUGUGUUUAAGACAAAAUAUUGUAAAUAAAAUGAGAGAAAAGGGGUCUACAUGCUUGCUGAUACAGUUUGGGCUGUUGAGAAAUGUAAUUCCAAUCUUUUUUGGCACUAAUUAUACAAUUUUUGUUGUCAAUUAACACUCAUCAAAAUAGAAAGACAGUGGGAUGUAGGAUUGCAAAAGCCAAAAUGGCAUAGGCGCCCAACUCUCCUAAAAUGUUGGUAUUUAUUAAUAGGACAAUGAUUCAUCCACGUUCCAAGGUGUGAAAUAGUGCUUUUAGACCAUUCAUGGGAAAGCAGUGAUUAUAACAGUCUGAAGACAUAUUGCUCAUAUAUUUACCAGAAAAAAAUAUAAAGAGGAUUAAUAAAAAAUAUAUAGAUGAUUAAUAAAAAAAUACAUUUUAUAAUGCUCCACUACAGAGUGGGAACAAUGCAAAUUAGAAUGUACAUUGUGUUUAUGCUUUUUUCCUUUGGUUGUUGAUGUUGUUGUUUUAAAUGUGGGAUAUUUUUAUGGCUUGUUUCUUAUGUUCCUUUUUCCAAUAGAAAACUCAUAUAUUUUCAUUCAUAUGCAUGACAUUUGAGAAGGUUUGCCAUACAUAUAGUCAUUAUUGGGCAUUGAUACUGUACAUGUAAGGAUUUUAUUGUGUUGUACAGCAAACCUGUCUUUUUUAGAGGAAUCUAACCAUGUUUAUUACAUAGUUGAAGAAAAAUAACUUUACACGUACACGCAAAAAACACAACCUGAAGUUCAAACACAAUGCUGGACAACCUGAAGUGCCUGAAUGUGGGCAGAGGGUUUUCCAGAUCAGGAACACUGACGAUGAAGUAAAUGUUUGUAUUUGGCCUCAGUAGGAACGUGCUCAAGAGUCAACUCCACCAUGGGAUGUCAUUACCGUCACAGUGCAGAUGUCACGCCCGUCACACAGUGCAGACACUGUCGACGGAGGGGCCAUUUUCAUUCUCUCUUCUCUCUGCACUAUCCCUCUGGAUAGGCCUGACUUGACUACAUUGCUCAAGCUACAAGAUACAGCUUUUCCCCCAGUAUUUCUAACCCAAUGCAGUUUAAGGCGGUAAUUACAUUUACUCUUCUUUUUGAGCAGAAACAAUUUAACGACUUGUAAUUGUAAAAAAUAAAUAAUCUAAUAAGGCAUUUUGAAUGAUACCUUUAAUUCAUUCAGAAAUGUUCUUUUAGAGAUAUGCAUGUCAAAAAUAAUUCUAGGUAUCAACAGAUACCAUAGCUAUGUGGUAUUAUGAGGUUAUCUCUUGGUUGUAGAAAAAGAUGACCUACCAUUUUUAUGUGAUUUGGUCUGUCUAUCCAAAGGUGGACAUCUCUAACUAGUGAAGAGGGCAUUAUGUCCAAGCCCCAUGUCUUAACCAACAUUAGAAAGGCCAAUGUUACUUAGAGACUGACACUGAGUCUGUGACUUGCAGACCUAAAAUUGGUACAUUUUAUAGUUGUUUUUACACUCGAGUGAAUUGAUAUUUGUAGUUUCCUUUUCAUGGUUUUCUACAAAAAAAAGGAGAAAAUGACAACAUUGGCUCUUUGCUCCCAAGUAAAAGAAAAAAAGCAGAUAAAUGAUUUAUUCUUUUUUAAAUCAGAACCAUUUUGCUAAGUGGAGGACAAAGAAGAAGCAAUAACAGUAGAACAUAGACAACUAGCCCGUGUGAAGAUUUAAAAAGAAGAAUUUACAAGUGUAAAUAAUCUUUCAUUUUUACAAUAUUGUAUUAUAUAUGUACAUGGUGUUUCCUUUUUAUCCAAAACACAUCUUUUCUUACAGCUGUCUUGUUUUGUUUUGCUUUGUGUUUUAACCAAGAACAUCUUUCAAAAACAAUUAUUGCAUUGCAUUAGAGAAUAUUCCCUACAUAAACAUGUUGUUUAUCCAAUUAUUUAGAUUUUUAUUUUACUGUAAGGUCUUUAUAUUGAAAUACUUUUUUCACCAGUUCAUAUAUUUUUUACAAUAUAUUCAAUAUCAGAUAGUGCACAGCGCCUUCAGAAAGUAUUCAUAACCCUUGACUUAUUCCACAUUUUGUUGUGUUCCAGCCUGAAUAAAAAAUGUUUAAAAUAUAGUUUUUGUCUCACCCAUCUACUCACAAAACCCGAUAAUGACAAAGUGAAAACAUGUUUUAGACAAUUCUGCUAAUUUAUUGAAAAUGAAAUACAGAAAUAUCUUAAUUUACAUAAGUAUUCUCAUCCCUGAGUCAAUACUUUGUAGAAGUACCUUUGGCAGCAAUUACAGCUGUGAAUCUUUCUGGGUAAGUCUCUAAGAGCUUACCACACCUGGAUUAUGCCACAUUUGCCCAUCAUUAUUUUUUAAAAUCUUCAAGCUCGGUCAAAUGGGGUGUUGAUCAUUGCUAGACAACCAUUUUCAGGUCUUGCCAUAGAUUUUCAAGUAGAUUUAAGUCAAAACUGACUCGGUCAUUCAGGAACAUUCAAUGUUUUCUUAGUUAGCAACUCCAGUGUAGAUUUGACCUUGUGUUUUAGGUUAUUGUCCUGCUGAAAGGGGAAUUCAUCUCCCAGUGUGUGGUGGAAAGCAGACUGAACCAGAUUUUCCUUUAGGAUUUUGCUUGUGCUUAGAACCAUUCUGUUUCUUUUUUAUCCUGAAAAGUCCUUAACGAUUAUAAGCAUACCCAUAACAUGAUGCAGCCACACUAUGCUUGAAAAUAUGGAGAAUUGUACUCAGUAAUAUGUUGUAUUCAGGACAAAAAGUUAAUUCACUCUGUCAAUUAGGUUAGUACUGUGGAGAACUACAAUAUUGUUGAUCCAUCCUCAGAUUUCUCCUAUCACAGCCAUUAAACUCUGUACUUUUUUAAAAGUCACCAUUGGCCUCAUGGUGUAAUCCUAGAGUGGUUUCUUUCCUCUCCGUCAUCUGAGUUAUGAAGGAUGCCUCUUUGUAGUGACUGGGUGUAUUGAUACACCAUCCAAAGUGUAAUUAAUAUGCUCAAAGGGAUAUUCAAUGUCUGGGAUAUUCAAUGUCUGUUUUUUUACCCAUCUACCAAUAGGUGCCCUUUGUGAGGCAUUGAAAAACCUCCCUGGUCUUUGUGGUUGAAUCUGUGUUUGAAUUUCACUGCUUAAAUGAGGGACCUUACACAUAAUUGUAUGUGUGGGGUACAGAGAUAGGGUAGUCAUUAAAAAAUCAUGUUUAACACUAUUAUUGCACACAGAGUAAGUCCAUGCAACUUAUUAUGUGACUUGUUAAGCAAAGUUUUACUCCUGAAUUUAUUUAGGCUUGCCAUGACAAAGGGGUUGAAUACUUAUUGACUCAAGACAUUUCAUCUUUUCGUUUCUAAUUUGUAAAAAUUUCUGAAAACAUAAUUCCGCUUUGACAUUAUGGGGUAUUGUGUGACAAAAAAAUUCUAAAUGUAAUCAAUUUUAAAUUCAGGCUGUCACAACAAAAUGUGGAAAAAGUCAAGGGGUGUGAAUACUUUCUGAAGGCACUGUAUGAAUGUGUUAUUCAAUGUGUUUCUAUGGGUUAAUAGCAGUAAGGCCAAAUUCAAUGUUUCAUCAAGUAAUGGUAAAAAUGGGACACACAAGAACUACCGCCAUCUCGCAGGUUUUUUCUCCAUCCUCAUGUAUAUUUUAGCCCUACGCUGCUGCUAAUACUAUAUCAACUUUACAAUUCUAGAAAUAUUUUUAUGUAAGAGGUAAAUGUAUGCUUUCUCGUUUAUUAAUGACGCAUAUAUAGUAUGAGAAAAACGCUUGGCUUAUUUAUCUAUUCCUUCCUCUCCCUUGUCCCCCCGCCCCCAUUCAUCGGCACCCUCUCACAACACGGACUAUAUUGUAAAGUAAAGGACUUUAUGAGAUUAUGUUUGAAAAUAGCUAUGCUUAUAUACCACAGUGACUGAAUGUACAGUGUAUAGAUGCAUUACCAGAAAUAAAGUUGUUUGUCCAGAUUAAA